GAGAACUAUAGCAACCAAGUGCUACAGCUGUGGAUGUAUGUCUUUAGCCUGUAGCUAAGUUAAGUUUUAGCUUUAAGUAAGUUUUUGAUGGCUAUGGCUACUGAAUUAAUGGCUAACAGCUAGCCAGCUAAUAUAAAAGUGCAGAAAUUUCUCCCUUACCAUUAUUGGCUAAUUUGUAUCACUAGCUAUAUUUAUUUAGGUUUUUUGUGACAGUUAGCUAAGGUAGCACUGUGAGCCACUUCAAAAACAAAUAUCUUAGGAUCUUCUACAGUCUGCACACCAUACAAAAGUCGUGCAUUUUAGGGUUCAUGGCUGAUUGCACCAGUUCUAAAAUAUCAUAUAUUGAGAAAACAUAAUGAGGUGUAGUCUUUAAGAUGUGUUUUUUUAUUUGCCAGACAUCCACUACAUUUAUAUCAAAGAACUAUACUGUAAUAUUCAUUGUUGUUGAGUCAUUUCUGAUCUAGGUAGACUCUGGCUUUUAAACCAUCACCGAGCAAAACUGGAUGUUUAGUUAACAUUUUUUUACACAACUAUGUUGAUAAAUAACAUGAUUAUGUUUCAAUGCAAUUACAAACACACACGUGUGUACUGGUUUGAUGCUUUGGCGGUCGUUAACAGAGCAACAGUGUGUGAAUAAAGCCCAGCAGAAACAGCCUCUGUGCGGCUGUUGCUGGGAGCUCCGGCCAAUCAAAGCCGCAGCGCUUCCAUACAAGUAGUUUGGGGGCUGGAGAAGCAUGACAUCAUGCACAGCUCCGGCCCUCUCAGCGAAAACAAAGAUUGAAACAUCUUUAUCUCACUACAGCAAACCACAGUCGACGACAGAACCGUCUGCACUGUGAUAUUCCGCGGCCCCAUCCGUAAAAUACACCGGGAGGCUGAGCCUUGUUACCCGCGGUGUGCGGAGCGGAGUCUGGGAGGGGCAUCCGUCCGUCAGUCCGGGGGAAUGGCGGAUGGGGAGGCCGCCGUGUCUGUGGAGUGGGGCAGCGGUGAUGGGGGUUUAAGAGAGUAACAUCCCACCUCUGCAUUUCUAUUUCCUCCGUUUAGCUUGGUGUUCAGCUUUGGCCAUGGAUCCUGAGAAAAAGUUGACAUUCUGCCUCGGGCUGAAGGCUGAGGAGAUGACCAUGUCCCUGCAGGGGCUGGAUGGCACUGAAGCCGCUACGGUGGCUGUUUCUCAGAAGGACCCUGAAGUGCACACGAUUAACAAGGUGGUGAAGCAGCCCGGAGGUUCUGGUAGCCAGCCUGUAGUCAGCCCCAAGUACUGUCCUGGAGUAAACAACAAUCCAGGUUACCUGUGUGAAACAGGACACUGCUGCGGAGAGACAGGCUGCUGUACCUACUAUUAUGAACUCUGGUGGUUCUGGCUUUUGUGGACGGUGCUGAUCCUCUUCAGCUGUUUCUGUGCUUACCGCCACCGCCGGGCCAAGCUGAGAAUCCAACAGCAGCAGAGACAGAGAGAGAUCAAUCUGAUCGCCUAUAACGGAGCCUGCAACUACCCUUCCUCAAUGCUGGACCUCAGCUUCCUGGCUUCCUUCAAGUUGCCCUCCUAUGAGGAGGUGGCUGCACAGCCCAGCACCCCUCCUCCGCCUUACAGCUCUGUCUUUGCCCUGCAGGGAGGUACCAUGGGGGCUCCAAGCUCUUCUUUCCCCCAUCAUCACUACCACCGUCACCCCUGCCCUCCCUAUCUGGGCCCUGGCCCCAGCGGCCUGACUUCCUCCCAGAGCUCUGACAACUGCUACACCAGCUGCUCCUGCGAGUCCUGCUCCCUCACCUCCCCGUCGAGCACCUCCUUCUCUGUCCAGGUGACAGACGAGACGUACGACAGCAGCCACAACUCCACACCCAGCGAAGCAGGGGGCGACUGUUCCAUCAUGGGUUCAAGGGCUGGGGCCACCUUCACACCGACGCCCUCCCCGCCGCCUCCAUCACAACUACCGCCUGAUGUUAUACCUGUGGCCUCUCCAGAUGUCAUACCUGUGCAGAGACGUUCCAAUGGCAGUGAAGGACUCUCACCUCCGGCUCCACCACUGUUCCUUCCUUUACACUCUCGUCCCUCACACCCUUCUCGCCUCUCACUUUCUCCCCUCAUGCUGUUAUCUUCCCUCCCUCCUGGUCAAGUCCACCCUCUUGUCCUCUCAGACCCACUUGGAGCCAUGGCUGUUAAGAAAGAGAUGGAAGAAGAGGCCUCACCUAAUGGUGCAACCCCCAAGCCCACGCCUUCUCCCCCUAAACAGGCUCUCUUCUCCUCAAAUGUGGCCGUUUUCACGCAUCGCAGCAGCAAAGAGGAGCAGAAACAAGAAAAAGAAGAGGAGGAGGAGGAGGAAGAGGAGGAUGACGAGGAGGAUCAUUUCCGGCAUCGACGUCUAACGGGUGACUCAGGCAUUGAGGUGUGUCGCUGCCACGUGAAGAGAGAGGAACAAGAAGGACAGGAACUGCAGAAGGGGCAUUUUGCUAAAGGGGGUAAAGAGGCUGUGAAGGGGGAGGAGAGGGCAGAUGUGCUGCACGACAGCAUGGACUGUUCUCUCCUGGAUGACUGCGCUGAGCAGCGUGGCCACGUCUCCUCAUCCUCCAGUGUCAUCCAGAAGACGGGCGAGGCCAUUAUCGCAGUGGAGUUCUCGUAGGCUGACAGCCAGUGAGAUGUCGUCAAAACAAGUGGGAAAAAAGUGAGAUGUUAAUGCGUACUGGCCUCCUUACAGAUCAAGACUAGUAGGUGAAAAGUUGAAUCACUGAAGAAAAGUCUUGCAGGUCUUAACGGUUGCAAGCCAAGGGAUAGGAUGAGAAAUAGAUUAUUUCCUGUGUGUUCUGUUUCAAAGGAGAACCUGACAGCUGAGUCAUAUUUUGUAGUUAGUUGAUUUGGUUCGUGGUUUAGGAGAAAGCAUAUCUUGUUCUCUAAAGUGAUGAAAAUAAUAAUGAAUUGUUUUUUCUUUUUCUCCUUCACUUUCACACAUGCUAACUAAAUCCAUUUUGACAAGUGGCUCGGUGUCAACAUACCAACAUCCUUUUUAUCUCUCUUUUCUCUGCAUGACGAAACAUUGCUAAAAUAGCAUUUUUAGCUUUUUGCAAUGAAAUCCCUGAUAGUCUGUGGUUCCCAAUCCGGGGGGUCAGGACCCCUCAAAGGGGUCUAAAGAUAAAGCAGAGGGGUCGUAAGAGGAUUAACAGUGUAAGAAAGAAAAAAACAUAGUUCUGCUGUACAGAAUUAUAUGAUAUUUUCUGAUGUUUCUCUAAUCUUUGCUUUUUAUUUAAAUGUGAAAUUACAGAUUCAUGAUUAAAGAUAAUUCAUAGUAAACAAUCUGAGAAGCAAAAAUCAAUCCGUGGUGGAACUGACUGCAAGUUAUUGACAUAUGCAAUAUAUGAUGGAUCUCAACAAAAUAUCCUUUCAAUUUAAGGGUCAUACAGCAAAAAGGUUUCUUAUAUAUCAGUGGUUUGAUCAGCAGUUCUUCUUAAAUUUAAGAAAUCAUAUUCUCAGAGUAAAUUCCGUAAAACUCUGGAACAGUAUGUUUUCAAAAGAGCUCAAAAACAAGCAUUAUAUCAUCUUGUAGCUUUUGAAGAACUGAAAAGAGUUCAGAAAUUUUGAUCAGUUAUUCAAAAUGUUUUGUUGUGGGGUGAAUUUUUGCUUUCACCAGCCAACUUCUCUUCAUUGGAGGAAACGAUGACAGAAGGCAACUAUUCCGACUGUUUCCAGGGGUGUGUGUUUUAUACAUUUAUGUUUUAUGUUCCCUUAAGGAAAAGGGGAGCAAACUGUUAAAAUUGAUUAAAAUGUGUGGGUGGCACAGCUUUACAAUGGUAUUAUGACUAUACAUUGUUGUUUCAGACUGUUACUUGAAUAUACUGUAUAAUUAUCUGACUGUUUGACUUUGGAUGUAAUGUGUUUGAACAUGUUCCUAGUUGGUCAUUGCCAUCUUUUGCAAGGCAAUGUAAAUCUGAUUCCUCCAUGGAUGGACUAUUGAGUUUUUACAAGGCAGAAACUUUAAGCCCAAUCUCAUCACAGAUAAUGAAUGUAAAAGGUUAUGUAUCGCAACAAAAAAAAAAAAAAAAAUUAGAUUUAAAUUGUUUAUGGAGAAUUUUUAUUGCAUGAUGCUUGACUGAAAAUGUCUGGGAAAAGUGUCCAAAACUGCAGCACGGCAAUACAAACUGCCAGGUGUGGGCUUUGAGAAGACACUUUGAAACGAAGUGCCCAUUGUAAUGUGUGUAUAAUGUGUGCUGAGUAACGCUUGUAAAUGUGUGAAGUGAAGGUUUCAAGUCACAGUUAAUUUCGGCUGUGGCUAAACAGAGGGUCACUUUUUAGACUUGGGACUGCUUCUGUUCAAAUGUGUCCCGGUUGAUCCUGUUUUUGUGUGUGAAAUCAUUUGUCAGCUGAUGUCCAGUUGUACAGCGUCUGUCACUAAAGAAUAAUCUCUGCCUCAGCAGGUGGAGUGUGACACUCGUUAUCAUGCUGUGUACUUCUUAGGAUUAUGUGAAGUCAGUCUCAGAACUUAGUGGGAAUAGCACACAUGUAUUCUCUUGUAAUUCAUUCUCAGUACAAACUGUACUCAAGAAUAGAACAAGUUUUAGAAGGAAACAAUGUCUCAAAUCACAUUUUGUACAUGUUUGUCUUGCUGUAUUUAUUAUGAGACAAAUGUCUCUGUAGUUCAUUGGCUAGAGGCCACUUUACUGUGUCCUUGGCUCAGUGCAAAGCUGACUUAAUUGUCUAAUGCCUGAAGGCAAUGCUUUCAACUCAUUUAUAGUUCUGUGGGCAGAAAACUUUGCCUCGAUUCAGCUCUAUAAUACCUUUAUUUGUCAGAGACAAAUCAUGUGUGUUCGUGUGUACCUUAAAAAGUGUGUAGGGAGUGCAAGCUGGUUUGCAUUGCGGUGUGGUUUUGUUAUGGGGCUCGUCUCGGCAGCCCUUGAUCUUCUUUGUUCAAAGCUCUUGUGCAGUGACUCACAGGUGUGUCUCAGAGGUGACAGAGACUCUUCAUCCUCUCAACACAUCCACAUAAAAGCCUUUCGGCUGCUGUACAUUUUUGGCUUAAGACAAAGACGGACUUUCUUUUCAUUUUCAAUAAGUUUAGCUGAUUUUAUUUCAUUUUUUUAUCAAAGUAUAUGGUGUCUAGAUAAAAAUAGACUUUCUUUUAGGCAUUCCUUAGUUUAAUGCUGCUAUGUGAAUGUGUGUGUUUUCUGUAAAUUGUGUAUAGUCUUACAUCAAAUGGGCAAACAUUUUCUAGCAGUGCUUGGCAGUCUCUUUGUAAAAAUGUACACAGUACAUGUGAGACUUGCAAAAAUAGUAUUUAGCAAUAGUAUUCACACUUUUUUUUCCUUACUCUAGUUAAUGCUGGUUGAUAGGAAAUAAACUGUUGUGAAAAAGACAUUUACCUCUUCAUUACUGAUCCGUGAGCUGUGCUGGGCAGAGGCCCUUGAUUGUACAUAACACAGCGUUUUUAAUGCCUUUGGCUUAAGGUUUCUCCCAAGUGCAAACUCAGAUUAUCUGAUUUUACCUUAGCCUUGGUUUAUGCCUCUCGUGUAUUACUAUUAUAUUUGCGUAUACCCAAGUAUUUGUGUUUCUGAAGGAUAAGUACCUGUUGAUCUUUGAAAAACCUGAAGAUAUUUCCAGUUUCCUCUAAGACUCUUCUGUCUAUCCUGAUGAAAAAAAAGAAUCAACCUUCUACUGCAUUAUACAAAAGAUUUUUAACCCAUUUCCCAAGUUGAAUUUUUUUUUAUAUCACGACAACAAUGGUAGCUGAAAAUAGGUCAGGUCCUUGCUCCAUUUGUAUGACAUCAUACAAAGUUGUAUUUUCUAUAAA